AUGCUGACGGAGGUUUUCAAAGUGACCAAUGGCGAGUAUAAACAUCACAAAACCGCCGAACACGAUGCCACCAUCGUACCCUGUUCGGACAUGUGCGGGGUGGUGACGCAAGUCGGACCUAGCGUGACCAAAUGGGCUGUCGGCGACAGGGUGCUUUCAACUUUCCUGCCCGAUCAUCAAACCGGCCAGGUCACCGAGAAGGAGCUUAGCAAGAGUUUGGGACUGCCUCAGGAUGGUGUUCUUGCAACUCACCGCGUGUUCCCCGACUACGGUCUGGUGAAAGCGCCCAGCUUCAUGUCCGAUGAGGAGGCAGCUACACUUCCCAUCGCUUCAGUUACAGCGUGGAUGUCUAUCAAUGGCAUGCGACUGAUGGGACAGAGCGGCGGGAAGGACGAAUACGUCUUGCUCCAGGGAACUGGUGGCGUAGCGAUCGCUGGAUUGCAGAUUGCCAAGGCCGCUGGCGCGAGGGUUAUUAUCACCUCCUCGUCCGAUAUGAAAUUGGACCAAGCUAAACAGUUGGGUGCUGAUUUUACGAUCAACUACCGCACCAACCCCAACUGGGAAGCCGAAGUGAUGAAGAUUACUCAGAACCAUGGCGCUGAUAUCAUCUUGGAAGUUGGCGGUGCCAAAACACUGCGGAAGAGCUUUGAUUGCAUCGCUUUCGGAGGAUUGAUUAACUGCAUUGGGUAUGUCUCAGGCAAAGUGGAUGCCGAUGAGGACCGCCUGAAUGUCAACCUGCUGGCUCUCCGUCGAACUGUCACUCUUAGAGGAAUUAUUAACGGUCCCAAGGAUCGGUUUGAAGAGAUGAUCCGUUUCUACGAGACAAAGCAGGUCCACCCAGUAGUUAACCGGGUCUUUUCGUUCGCCGAAUCUAAAGAAGCAUUUAAGUUUCUGGAAAGCGGCAGCCACUUUGGCAAGGUAGUUAUCAAGGUUCAAUAG